GGUGACGUCACCUCUUCCCACUUUCCCUCUUCGGCCGUGCCACGUUCCUGCGUGUCCCCAACUGAUCCCCGGGCGUGUUCACCCCCGGAGCGUCCCGCAGUGUCCCCGGAGUGUCCCCAGCGGCAAUGGAGCUCCAAGAGGUGCUGGAGGUUCUGGUGUCUGUGGCGGCCACCUUGGGCGAGGUGGCAGCCACGAGACUGGGUCAGUAAGGGAUGUGUGGCAGCGAGUGUCCCCAAAGUCCCCGAACACGGCCCUGAGGAGAUUCAGCUGGCACCUCCAUAGGACCCUGGACCACGGCGGUGUCCCCUCCCUGGGCCAGGCCCUGGCCACCCUUGGGGCCAGCCCAGAGGCCACCUGGGCUGAUGUGAGAGCCACGGGCAGCGCCUGGCGGGAGUGGUGGCCACACUCAUGGCGAGCUGGGAACGGCUGACCAGGGAGGCCACUGAGCUCCGUGACGCCUGCGAGGACGCGGCCAACGCCGAGGCCACCGCCACCACCUGGGCCGGGGACCCGCGGGACGAGGCCACCUGCAGGGGGACAGCGGGGGACAGCGUGGUGGCCACGGCCCAAUGCCGGCCAGUGGCCCUUGACAGGCAGGAGAUGGCCUUGGUGGGGGCUGCGCACGAGGCCCAGGCGGCUGUGGCCACCAAUGAGGCCGUGGGAGAGGCUGUGGUGGCCACCAGCCAGGCGAGGGCGGCCACCAGGAGGGGACAUUGGGUGGAGGUGGCCCUGGGGCCCCUGAAGUGCUUGGUGGCCGCAUGUGACAGAGCCAGGUUGUUCCUCUCGGAGCUGCAGUGUUGGCUUGGGGCCAUCCAGGCCACCCUGGAGGGGACAGAGGAGGCGUUCCCCUAUAUCCCUGAGGCCUUGGUGGCCAAAGUGGCCAAGUUUGAGUGGCUGUGGAGGGCCAGCACCUGCCUGUUCAUGUGUCACCUGCAGGGGACACUUGGGGACAUCCACAAUCUCCUCUUGAGUCUCUAUGGUGACCCGGGUGGUCCCAGUGGCCCCGGCAGCCGCGCGGUGGCCGAGCAGUGCCAAAAAGCCAUCGAGGACAUCCCAAGGCUGCUGCAGGGACAGUGAUGUCACCACUGAAACAUCAUUGGGGCAGUGACAUCAUCAGGGACACCAGUGUGUCACUUGUCCCCUCCCUGCUUGGAAUUUGAGACAGAUUUGGGGAAUUUUCUGGGAAUUUUCAUUGAAAUUGUCCCAAAUCCAGAUGGGAAUUCCUGGGGUGAUGUCACUGGGGACACUCAGGGACACUCUGGGGACACCCAGAGACAGAGGACAGGGGUGAAUGAGUCCUCUCAAGAGCUUCCAGCUUUCCACUGUGCCUGCAGCCCAGCUGGGUCAUAAAUGACAGUUUAAUAAUUGCCUUUUGCACUUUUGUAUUGCCUUUUGCACAUUGUUAUUGAUCACCAGCAAUUUGAUAUGGUGUUUGAUACUGAUAUUGAUUAUUGGUGAUUCCUUGUAGCUGCUGGUUGGUGCAAUAUAAUCUGUCAGUUCAUGUGUGCACCAUAUAACCUAUAAAUAAAUAAAUAAAUAAAUAAAUAAAUAAAUAAAUAAAUAAGCAAAUACAUAAAUAAAUGUCCUCUAUAUAAAUCA